CUUCCUGUCGGCGAGCCUUUCCAACCUUUCUUCCUCCCCCUCUCUCUCCCUUAUCUCUCUCUUUCUCUUCCCGUCGGCGAGCAGCGCGGAGAGCUUGCCGAGGCAACGGAUGGCGGAGCGGAGGGCGGCAAGGGAGUGCGUGAAGCCGUGGGCGGCGGUGGGUGGAGAAGGCCGGCGCGAAGGCAGGGCAGAGCGGCGCUGCGGCGGCAUCGAGAGCUGCCAGUCACCGCGGUCGCUGUUGUCGCGUAUCCUGCAGCGAGGCGACGGCGGCGGUGGGAAGUUCGGAUGCCGGGUGCGGCUGCCGCGGCGGUACAGCUCCACCUCCGCCGCCGGCGCUGGAGUUGCCGGAGAGAAGGAGAUGAUGUCGAACGCGUUCAGGCUCGACCGCCGCCGCGAGCUCCCGCCCCGCCCGAAUCUCCCUUCCAGCAACGACGGCGUCGCCAUCGUCCCGGUGCACUCCACCGCGGACAUCGCCGUCGCCGACACCCUCUGGAAGGCCACUACCGCGGUCGGGGCUCCCCUCGCGUGAGUUGCUCAGGCUCGUCACCAGCGACGACGACGCUGACAUGGACAUGUGCUGCCGCUGCUGCGCCGCCAUGGCAGCAUGGCGCCAUCCACUCACCGGAGUAGUAAUUAGCUAGCUAGCUAGCUAGGCAACAUGACGACGACACUAGCUUAAUUAGCUUGUAUUUAGUUGGUUAAUUUAGUGUUGUUGGUUGCUUGGCGACGUCAUUAGCUAAGCUAGUGAUGUAGUAGUAGCAGCUAGUGGGAGUAUUAGUUAUCACACAAGGCGAGGAAACCGACGCCCAGAAGAGGGGGGGGGGCGCAGGGGCCGCGGCCAUGCCGCCCAGAUCCGUCGCCAAUCCACCCGGCCGCUGCCGCCACUGAUGCGUCCGAAUGGGGAAGAGAAAAGGGGGAGAGAAAAGAGAGGAGGGAGGGAGGAGGAAGAAGAAGGGAAGGAGAAAGGAUGUCGGUGGGCCCCACAUGUCAGUGGGUCCCACAUGUCGGUGGGUCCCACGAUAUAUUUUAUAUGUGAAUGAUAGAUGGGUCCCACAGAUAUUUUUUAAUUCUAAUGCCACGUAGGCGCCACGCGGAAUGAAGACCGGAUUAGUAUCGCCACGUCAGCGCCACGUGGAAUGAAGACCGGGUUGGUAUCGCCACAUCAGCGCCACGUCAGCAAAACCGUCCUACAAAACCACCGAGGGAGUCAAUUUGUACCGGUUUUAGUAAUUGGGGGAGUCGUUCUAACCGGUUUUCUGGUUGAGGGGUACAAAUUAGAUUCGUUUUACAUUUAAGGGAGUCAAAGUGGACUUUUUCCAGAUUUGGAUCGCUAACCAAUAAGCAGGCCUCAUAUGGGCCGGAGGCAUCUCGGCCCGGCAGCAGCGCGCACCCGCAGACGGGCCGCACUCCCGUGCCGAAUGCUAGGACGGCCCAUUAGGCCCAAUAGACGCACCAAGGUCCAAGUACCAGGAGAGGCGCGCAUUGGCGGGAAGAGGGGGAGAAAACGGCGGGAAGCGCCGCCGCCAGUGGCGCGAAAACCCCACCCGCUAUAACUCCUCUCCCUCCUCACCUCACCACUUCUCCCGCCAUUGCUCCGCUCCCCAAUCUCCCCAACGAGAGAGAGAGAGAGCGAGGAGAGGGAGAGGGAGGAUGGUGGGGCCGCAGUACGACCUCGUCGGGAACCCCCUGGGGGCGGUGCGCUCCACCUUCGAGAGGGCGGCGGCGGAGUCCGGUGGGCACGAGCCGGUGGCGGCGUUCCGGGGGAAAGACUGGGGCGCCACCGAGGUGUUCCGCUCCUUUCUCUUCGAGCAAGGCGGGCUUGACAAGGUUCCGGUGUUGGAUGAAUCAAAUCUUGGAUUGAUCAAGCCGAAUACCCUUGUUCGGUUCCGGGGGAUGGUUCAGGACAUGCUCGGGAACGAGUUCUAUGUUGGUGCUUUCAAGGAUGGCUCCACUUGGAGGACAAACAAAUUCUCCGAUUCCUCGCCGUUCUCAAUGCCACACCCUUGUGAUUCACAUCUCUGGGAGCGCCAUCUUUUCCACUGUGUGCCUGUGCCUGGACAAAAUUCUUGGACACGCGAGUCGUCCCCUGGCCCUGACUUGCGCAGAAUAGCAAGCUGCUUCACAUCUGAACAAAGGGAGAAAAGGAAGAGGGGUGCAGAUAAUGACGCCAUGGAUGUUUCAGAAAGUGGUAGUGGAGAGACUUCUUCAUCCAGCAAGAAGACGAAGGAUGAUGGUGUCAAGAUCUCAAAUAGUUCAGUAGAAAUGUCAAUGAAUGAAGAACAUCAUGUCCCAGAGAUGAAUGGGGGAGAUCAUCAUAUUCCUGGAAGCUCCUUUUCCUGCCUAGUGAAGGUGUAUGAUAUGCCUGAAAGUCAGGUGAAACUGAACGAUGUUUCUGAGUUCAUAGGUGUAUAUACAUUUGACCCUGAACUUGCUGCUCCUAACGAUAAUUCGGAUGAUAUAAUGUUUGACCUUAUGGAAGAUGUAACCGCUCAGCUGCCUCCCAGUAAGGUUCCCCGUCUUCACUGCUUGGUAUGGAGAAACUUAUCUGCUCAUGAUUUUCUACCAAGGCCUCCUGCGGUUGAGCCAUCACCAAUCCUGCUAAGGGGAAUUCGGCAAUCUUUGCUCUCACAUCUUACUCUGGUAUUAGGGAAAGAUGAACUGGCAGCUCAAUGUUUACUGUUGCAUCUUCUAUCCAGACUUCGUAAUAAGGUGGAUGUGGUUACCGUUGGUAGGCUCUCCUUGAAUUUCACUGGCUUUAACAGAGAGAGUGUUUCUAUAUUUGGAAACCAGCUAAAUAAUUUGUUCCAGAGGCUACUACCAUAUUCACAAGUUAUUCCUCUGUCAAUUGAGUAUCUCAACACAGCCACACUUCAGCCUAGAAAGGACAACCAAUCAGGAAGAUUGGUUACAGGAGUUUUACAGUUACCUCAGGGUACUCACCUGACCUUUGAUGAGACUCUCUUGCAGUCUGGAUCAUUGACAUCCAAAGGUGUCGAGAAUACUAUGCUGCUUAAGAACUUGAUGGAGUCACAGAAGGUUGAGUAUGAUUUUGAGUUCUACAAGUUGGAAAUGGCAACUGAUGUGCAGCUACUAAUUCUCUCCGAGGGAAAAUCAAAUAUCCUACCUUCUGACUUGAUAGUACCUUUCCGCCCAUCAUCUGUUCCUGCGGUAAAUGCAAGCUCCGAGGAACUUGAAAGUUGGAGAUGGUAUUUGGCCACAGUUAGGUCUCUUCCUCAGUCAACUGAAACUGAUACAUACCAGAUGAUUCAAGAUGAAAUGGUCAAUGCCAUGCGUGAUGAUAGGAGCUUGGGUUGUUCUGAACUUAGCAGAUGGCUAACGAUGGCACAGAUAAUGGCUGCAAGCUUUGGUGAGAAGAGUCUCUCCAUGGAGCACUGGCAGAUGGUGAAGGAGCUGGAGAGGCUCAGGAAGGAGAGGCUACAAUGAGAUGAGAUCACAGUAAAAUGUGCUUGUAAAAUCCACUUGUGGCCGUGGCCCAAUGUUAUGUGUAUACCACUAGGGUCUAAAAUCUAAAUCAAGAUGUGGAUCUGCAACAUCUUCUGUGAUCCUAUGGAAGUAUCAAUGCCAUUUGAUAAGUUAUCUGACCUGAAAA